CUGGAAUCAGCUUUGCUCUUCUUUGUAGAUCCCAACCUUGAUUGACCGGAUGCUUGUGUCAUCUAACACGAAGACUGGGGCUGCAGGAGCUGAGGCCUUGUCUCUCCUACUGAAGAGACCCUGGGACCCUGCUGUGGGCGUGCUUUCUCAUAACAAACCAAGCAAACUCCCUGGCUCUCCCCUGAUUCUCAUCGCCUCCUCGGGUCCCUCCAGCUCUGUGUUUCCCGCUUCACGCCGCCACCGCUUCUGGCAGUCUCAGCUCUCCUGCUUAGGCAAGGUCAUCCCUGUAGCCACCCAUCUGCUGAACAAUGGCAGUGGGGUAGGAGUUCUACAGUGUCUUGAGCAUAUGAUCGGGGCAGUGAGAAGCAAAGUGCUGGAGAUUCACAGCCAUUUCCCACACAAACCCAUUAUCUUGAUUGGCUGGAACACAGGAGCUUUGGUGGCCUGUCAUGUGUCAGUGAUGGAGUAUGUCACCGCAGUUGUCUGCCUUGGGUUUCCUCUGCUUACCGUGGAUGGCCCCAGAGGGGAUGUAGAUGAUCCCCUCUUGGAUAUGAAGACUCCAGUCCUCUUUGUCAUUGGUCAGAAUUCCCUUCAAUGUCACCCUGAAGCCAUGGAGGACUUCCGGGAGAAGAUCCGAGCUGAGAACAGCUUGGUGGUAGUUGGGGGAGCUGAUGACAAUCUCAGAAUAAGCAAAGCAAAGAAGAAAUCAGAAGGGUUGACUCAGAGCAUGGUGGACAGAUGUAUUCAGGAUGAGAUUGUGGACUUUUUGACUGGAGUGCUCACUCGUGCUGAGGGUCACAUGGGCUCUGAACCUCGGGAUCAGGAUGCUGAGAAGAAGAAGAAGCCCCGCGAUGUGGCCCGCAGAGACUUGGCCUUUGAAGUCCCUGAGCGGGGCAGUCGACCUGCCUCCCCAGCUGCCAAGCUGCCCGCCUCACCCUCAGGCUCAGAGGAUCUCUCCAGUGUGUCCAGCAGCCCCACCUCCAGUCCCAAGACCAAAGUGACCACAGUGACCUCUGCCCAGAAGUCCAGUCAGAUUGGAAGCUCUCAGCUGCUGAAGAGACAUGUGCAGCGGACAGAAGCUGUGCUGACCCACAAACAAGCUCAAGCACAGUUUGCUGCUUUUCUGAAACAAAAUAUGCUGGUGAGGAAAGCUCUUCCUCCUGGCACCUCCUCCUGUCUCUUUGUUCCCAUUUCAUCAGAACCACCGGAGGAAGGAGAGAAAGAAGAUCUUAGGGUUCAGCUGAAGCGACACCAUCCCUCCAGUCCCCUUCCUGGCAGCAAGACCUCCAAGCGACCAAAGAUCAAGGUGUCCCUUAUCUCCCAAGGGGACACAGCUGGAGGGCCUUGUGCUCCUUCCCAAGGAAGUGCUCCAGAAGCUGCGGGUGGGAAGCCCAUCACCAUGACACUGGGGCAGGCUUCAGCAGGGGCCAAGGAGCUCACAGGACUUCUCACCACAGCCAAGUCCAGUUCUCCUGAAGGUGGAGUCUCAGCCAGCCCAGCCCCUUCAGUGGUCUCCAGCAGCACGGCACCCAGUGCCUUGCACACACUGCAGAGCCGCCUGGUGGCCACCUCUCCUGGCAGCUCCCUCCCAGGGGCCACAUCAGCCAGCAGCCUCCUCCAAGGCCUCAGCUUCAGCUUGCAGGAUAUCAGCAGCAAGACCUCUGGCCUUCCAGCAAAUCCCUCCCCAGGACCAACCCCACAGGCCACCAGUGUGAAGUUGCCCACCCCCAUGCAGAGCCUGGGUGCCAUCACCACGGGCACCAGCACCAUUGUCCGUACCAUUCCUGUGGCCACCACUCUCUCCUCCUUGGGUGCCACUCCUGGUGGGAAGCCCACAGCCAUCCACCAGCUGCUGACCAAUGGGGGCCUCGCUAAGUUGGCAAGCAGCCUCCCUGGCCUGGCUCAGAUCUCUAACCAAGCAUCAGGCUUGAAGGUCCCCACCACCAUUACUCUGACACUUCGUGGCCAGCCGAGCAGGAUCACCACGCUGAGCCCUAUGGGCUCAGGAGCAGCCCCAUCCGAGGAGCCCUCUUCCCAGGUGCUGCCCUCCAGCUCACAGCGCCUGCCUCCAGCACCCUGAAGAUGCUGUGUGAUAUGUCCUCCUUACCAAGUUGGUAAGUUGGUGAUGGCUGCCUCAUGGUGGGCCCUGGGCACGUGUGUGGUCCUGCUGAGCCAUCCACGUGUCUGAAGACCUCUUUAAGACAGUCAUUUUUGCCUCUCCGCCAACUGUCUUCAGAGUUGGGCUGUUGAGUCUUCAGAGAAACCGUUAGGUUAGGUGAUACGGUGCCAGCAAGGGAAGCACCAUCGUCCAGGAUCUGCAGAUCUGGUUCCUGGGAUCCCCAGACUCCUCAGCAGAUCUGGCUGUACCUGGAUCAGAGCCACUUCUUCCCCCGCUAAAGCUGUGGUCUGACCCAAGGGUCAGUGUAUAGGACUACCCGCUGCAUUUAAUGAAGGCGUUUCCUUUUGGAAGUCUGUGCUACCCUCUGCGCCCAGCUGGGAGGAGACACCCAUCUGGUCUCAGGUUUCGGGAGUUAGAAUGGAAAGCCCUUUGCUAAAGACUGGAGUCAUCUGGCCUGCCAACUGGUGGUUCAGAGCCGGAAGGGCUUGUUUAGGUCAUCACUGUGGCCUUCAUCAGCAGCCAUGGGAGAGUGCUCCCCAUGCAACCCCACCUUAGAAACCACGUCAGAUGCUGAGUAGCUUGCUGACACCUGAAACUUCUGGUUUUUGUUAGUGUCACAAUGAAGGCAAAGAGAACUGGGCCAUCAUCUUUCAGCCUCUUUGACUUACUCUAGAUGUUGGGAGCAGUGGAUACCAGGUGAAACCUGGCCCCUUUGUCCUUUUCACCAUGCGUUUGGGCAGUUUCUGUAUCCAGAGAGUCCGCAGGUUCAGAUAAGCUGAAGAAGAGGAAUAGAACAGCAAAGGAAGUAGCUUGAAGGACAUGCCAGUAAGCCCUGUGGUUUGUGCUUAGGUCUCUGCUCUGCCACCCAAGGAACUAGUGAUUCAGCUGGAGAUAAAAAGAAGAAUUUGCCAAGUCAGAGAAGAAACUGUAACCCUGGAAAAUCCUCUGUCUCCAGUCUCUGGAGGGAAGCAGGGACAACAAGCUAACGUAGUAUCUUGGCCAUCCCAGGAAACUUGUGGCAUUAGGACGAUGAAGGCCAUGCUUCAGUGUUUUCGUUUCUGUUUCCUAAGACUUUUUGUUUUCCUGCUUACAAGUGGGAAGAUGAUUGACAGUGACUCUGCUAUGCAGGGCUGUUGGUACCAACCUGAGCGCUAUAGGUGGCAGUCCCUGGAGAAGUGGUCACAGAAGAUGGAGUUCUGAUCCCAUGCUUACCUCUUCCAACACUCGUGUGCAAAGAUAGUUUUAGAUUUGGUUUAGGAGCUGUCCUCCAGAACAGGCUCCCAUACUUAGAAUGUUUCUAGUUAAGGUAAUAAAUUAGGCAACCCAAGUGUGGCUCUGCUCAAGUGUCCUUUUCUGUAGGCAGGAAGGGCCUACAACACGGCUUAAAUUAUAGUCCGUGGUCCUGACCCCCAGUACAGUGUAUCUCUACACCACGCCACCUGUGUUCAAUCUGGGAGCCUUCCUGGCCAGUCUGAGUGGCAGCCAGAAGGGAGCUCAUAGUGUCUAGGAGUCUCAGGCAAGGUAGGUCAGGGUACUGUGGGCAGGGGAUGUGUGAUAGGAGAGGGUACCGUAAACACCGUAGCUUCCCUCCCUGACCUGAAAAACGGAUCUCAACAGGGAUUCACACAGAAUUAGGCUGUGUUUUUGCAUUAGCUGGUAGGUGACUUUCUCAACAUUCUUAAAUUCAGGAAGUAUUUAGUAAACUUGAGGAAGGUAUGAAAUCUGGAGGAGGCAUCCAGGACCCAGGGGUUUGAUGACUUUACAGGUAGGAUCAUACCACACCAAAAAAGCAGUGGACAGUGAGACAUGUGAGCUAUAUGAAGCUUUUAGGAAUCAUUGAGGACAGACAGAGCCCUGAACAACCCAGUCAUGACUUAAGUUGUUGGCUCAGUGUAUGCUGGGGACAAAGAAAAACUAACAAGCCGACCUGCCUUUAUGGUAAAUUCUAGUGUGCUUGCAAGGGCUGACUUCCUGAGGUGUGGUCUAUCCACCUUGAAGAACUCCUCAACUGAAGAAGGGGAACUGUCAGAACAUGGAUUGUUCUACACCUUGGACAGGGUAACAGAGGAAAUGGCUGAGGCCUAGAGUCAUGUUUUCCAGUUCCCUUCGCAGACUGUAUUUCUUGGAACGCGAAAGGAAGAUUUACUAUUUCCUAGAACACCUGGAAUCCAUAACCUCAGAAAGUGAUACUAUUGGUAGAAAAUGUGGAAGGAUCAGGAAGGUCUUAGAUUCUUGGCUGAUAGAUGUAUGUUGAUGCCCUGUGGCGAUGUCCUUGUGCUUUGAGGUCACUGAGGUAGGAAGACCUGUCUGCUCUUGGUCUCACCACUAGAACAGUCUUGGGCUGGAUGGGUUAUAGAGCUGAGGGGCUAUGAUGGUUCUGUUCUUACAUUAAACAAUUAAAAACACCAAAAACAACA